UACACCACCCAACUCAAGGGAUGGCAAUGGAUGGCAAUCUUUUGACUGGUCAUUUCCCAGCUGCCACCUCUGCCACUGGCUGGUCAUUCCCUGCAACUACCAACAGCGUCCUUCGUUCUAUUCCCUUGCAAAACCAAGAGGUCAACAACAAUGUUGCAGCGAUUGAUGCUCUUGCCAAUACUAUGCCCUGCUUGCCAUUCUUCCUAACUGGUAGAAGUGCCAUCCAUGCCCCUCCUAUGUCGAUGCCGGUGCACCAGCCAACUCAAGGGAUAGUGGCUAUGGCUGGCAAUCCUGUGGCUGGUCAUUUCCCAGCUGCUAUGGCUGGCGAUUGGUACUCAUUCCCUGCAACUACCAGCAGCGUCCUUCCUGCAAUUCCCUUGCAGACUCAAGAGGAGAAUCCACCACAAGGGAGAGUGGUGCCUGCUAAUGAAGUGGCAAACCCCUCACAGAAUCAAGCGGAGAAUUCACCAGAGCAAACUGUGCCUAGCAACAAUAAUGGAGGUCGCACGAUUCGUCUCUUUGGCACCAACGUUGUGGAAGGUCAGAAAGAAGACAAAGAUUAAUGUCCAUCAGGACUCAUGCUCUGCAUAAUAUUUCUUUCCAUUAAACAUUACUUUUUUCGUUCAAAAAUUACUUAGUUCAAGCAAGACUUGUAGUCUUUGGAAUUUGAAUAAGGUUGUGUAUUUUAUUUGAUCAGACAUUUUUUGUGUUUUAUUUGAAUAAGCUUGUACUGGAUGUAUGAACAACUUAUGG